AAAAAAAAAACGAUCCAUUUAAUCCAUAAUGUCAGGUUUACAGCAGCCGAACCGUUUGACGAAGGAGGAGUAUAGAAAACAAAAGGAUCUCGAUGCUGCUCGUAAAGCCGGUACUGCACCUGCCGAAGUCGAUGAUGAGGGAAAUGAGAUCAAUCCCCACACGCCUCAAUUCAUGUUAAAAGCACCUUGGUACGUCGACAAUGGACAGGUCUCUCUUAAGCAUCAAAGAGCUCCAGAAAAACGACCCGGUACCAAGUUUGGAGCCGAAGAUAACUUUUGGUAUGCUCGCGGCCAACGAGCGGGUCCAGCAGCAACAAAAUACCGUAAGGGAGCAUGUGAAAAUUGUGGUGCAGCAUCUCAUAAGACACGCGAUUGUGUGGAGAGACCACGUAAAAAGGGUGCUAAAUGGACUGGAAAAAAUAUCAAAGCAGACGAGAUUGUACAAGAAGUAGAUCUUGAUUGGGAUGAGAAACGAGACCGAUGGAAUGGCUAUGAUCCCAAAGAGCAUGACAAAGUUAUUGAAGAAUAUAAUAAGAUUGAAGAGGCUCGACGUGCGGCCAAGGCCACAGAGCUUGAUAAGGAAGGACCUACUACAACUUCGGAAGCCAAGAAGAUUGCAGGAAUGUCGGAUGAUGAGGAAGAGGAUGAUGAUGACAAGUAUGCAGAUCAGGCAGAUAUGCCCGGUCAAUAUGUCAACCAAAAGACUCGAAUGACCAACCGUAAUCUCAGAAUUCGUGAAGAUACAGCUAAAUAUCUGUUAAAUCUGGAUACAGAUUCAGCUUAUUAUGAUCCCAAAACACGUUCUAUGCGUGAUAAUCCAUUGAGAGAAGAACAGGGUGCGGACGAUGUACCAUUUGCUGGUGAUAACUUUGUACGCUACACUGGUGAUGCUCCAGCAAUGGCCAAAAUUCAGCUAUUCGCCUGGCAAGCUGCUGAUCGUGGCAGUGACGUUCAUCUUCAGGCCAAUCCUACACAGGUGGCCAUCUUGCACCAGGAAUAUGAGUCCAAAAAGGAUGAAGUGCGAGGAUCUACUCAAAAGAGCAUUUUGGAGAAAUAUGGUGGAGCAGAACAUUUGGAAUCUGUUCCCAAGGAAUUGCUUCUUGCACAAAAUGAAAACUAUGUGGAAUACUCACGUACUGGUCGAGUCAUCCGUGGUCUUGAGAAGGCCAAGACAAAGUCGAAAUAUGAAGAAGAUGUAUUUAUCAAUAACCACAACUCUGUAUGGGGAUCUUACUGGGCCGAUGGAAAAUGGGGUUACAAAUGCUGUCGAUCAUAUGUUCGUAACUCAUAUUGUACUGGCCAGGCUGGUAUUGAUGCUCAAAAAGCUUCUCAAAUGGCCUCUCAUGGUGCUCUUUAGACCAACCAAAUUUCUCAUUAUUCAACUUUCUUUCGUCUUUAUUCAUUUUAUUUUCUCGUAAAUAAUAUCCACUUUGUUUUCGUAAGCUUUC